UUGAAAUACCAUUUUCAUAGCCAAUGUAUAUGAAUGUAAUGAAUGAGAGCCACAAACAUAAUGUGCCGAAAGGGUCUGAAACCCAUUUUCGAGUUGUCAUUGUUUCGCCACAAUUCGAGUCUUUGACUUCAUUGAAGCGACACCGUUUGGUGAAUGAGGCUCUCAGGCAAGAACUCGACGCGAAUAUUCACGCCCUCGCCAUACAAGCCCUCACACCCGACCAGUGGUCGCACGAGCAGUCUGUUAAUGAGUCGCCGACAUGUAGGGGAGGAAUGGGAUUAUGAGACAUAAUUGUGGAC